GAAAGAGAAAGAGUGAGAAAACUCAACAUCACAUGCUAUCUCCUUUCUGGUAUGUGGAGUUGGGUCGGUGCCGGAUCGGAGAGAAAAAGCAGCCCACGCUGAGAACAAAUGUUAACCUUUAAAGAUUCUUUUUUUAUAACAGCCAUGAUGGCUCAAAAUGAGGGGAGGAUGGAGUUUCCUGGAGUCUCCCUGAGUUUUUAACGAGGACAAAUGAUCGCAAGAUUAGAAGGAAGAGCACAAGCAGAUGAGAGAUGUCGAUUUCUUGGCGGAAUGCUCGCUGAAACCUUCGACCGCUCCCAGCCUGCCGGUGGAAGAUAAUGAGAGCCGAUAACCUGAAAUAGGAAGCGUUAUGCUUAUCUCAUCUGCGCUUGUUGACACCCUGAUUUAAACUGAGCCAUAGCUGUGUUGAAAUCGGGUGACAGCGAGGAAAGAAAAAGCAGCAGACGCUCGGAUGUGUCUGGAAACGGCGCAUUAACUGAUGGGGAUGGGCCGCAUUGCGUGCCUAGAGAAAAAAGAAGAGAGAGUGUGUUGUGAAAGGCGUGAAGCCUUGCAUAAGAGUUGAAGUCCACAGGCACGGCCCACCACUUCGCCUUCCUGCUAAACUCCACUGACUACAGGAUCCUGCGCAUGGACGAGGAUCAUGACCGCAUGUAUGUGGGCAGCAAGGACUACAUCCUGUCACUGGACCUGAAUGACAUCAACAAAGAUCCCCUCAUAAUCCACUGGCCUGUGGCUCCUCAGAGGAGGACUGAAUGUGUUCUGUCUGGGAAGGACAUCAACGGCGAGUGUGGAAACUUCAUCCGACUGAUUGAGCCGUGGAACCGCACUCACCUGUACGUGUGUGGGACGGGCGCCUAUAACCCCAUCUGCACCUAUGUGGACAGGGGUCACAAGUCGCAGGCUUUGCUCAACCAGCAGAGCCCUCGUGGCGGAGGCAGAACCAGCCGGGCUGCAGACCCCAGCGCAUCACCCGAGCCAUAUGCACCCAAGGAAUACAUUUUCCGUCUGGAGCCGGGUAAAGUGGAUUCUGGGAAGGGAAAAUGUCCAUUUGACCCCAAACUGAACAGCGUGUCUGCUUUGAUCAAUGGCCAACUCUAUGCUGGAGUCUACAUCGAUUUUAUGGGAACGGACUCAGCCAUUUUCCGCACACUAGGAAAACACACAGCGAUGAGGACUGACCAGUACAACUCACGCUGGCUCAAUGAUCCCACGUUUGUCCAUGCGCAGCUCAUACCAGACAGCGCUGAGAAAAACGAUGACAAGCUGUACUUUUUCUUCCGUGAGAAGGCUUCUGAGAUGGGCCAGACUCCGAUGGCUCAGUCCAGGAUUGGAAGGAUCUGUCUGAAUGAUGACGGAGGUCACUGCUGUUUGGUUAACAAAUGGAGCACCUUCCUGAAGGCUCGACUCAUCUGUUCUGUAACAGGGGCUGAUGGCAUUGAGACACACUUCGACGAGCUCCGGGACGUGUUCAUCCAGAAGACUCAAGACACCAAGAACCCUGUCAUCUAUGGAGUCUUCUCCGUGUCUGGGUCAGUGUUCAAAGGUUCAGCCAUAUGCGUGUAUUCCAUGGCUGAUGUGCGAAUGGUAUUCAAUGGCCCCUUCGCUCACAAAGAAGGCCCGAAUUACCAGUGGAUUCCUUACCAGGGCAAAAUCCCAUACCCUCGGCCUGGGACAUGUCCAGGAGGGACUUUCACCCCCAACAUGAAGUCCACUAAAGAUUACCCAGAUGAGGUCAUUAACUUCAUGCGGAAUCACCCCACCAUGUACAACGCUGUGUACCCGGUGCAUAAGCGCCCCCUGGUGGUGCGCACCAAUGUCGACUACGAGUUCACCACCAUCACUGUGGACCAGGUGGCCGCUGCGGACGGCAACUAUGAGGUGCUUUUCUUAGGAACAGACAGAGGUACAGUACAGAAGGUCAUUGUUCUACCUCGAGAUGACCUACAGACUGAAGAGCUGGUUCUGGAGGAGGUGGAGGUAUUUAGAGUUCCAACUCCAAUAACCACAAUGAAGAUUUCUCCUAAAAGACAACAGCUGUAUGUGAGUUCGGCAGUGGGGGUGACUCACCUGGCGCUCCACAGGUGCGAUGUGUAUGGUGAGGCGUGUGCAGACUGCUGCCUUGCCCGGGACCCCUACUGCGCCUGGGACGGCAAAUCCUGCUCCCGCUACUCCGCCAACCAGAAGAGGCGCAGUCGAAGGCAAGAUGUGAAGUAUGGCAACCCUAUUAGACAAUGCAGAGGAUACAACUCCAAUGCCAAUAAGAACACUCUGGAGUCAGUGCAGUAUGGAGUUGAGGGAAGCACUGCUUUCCUGGAGUGCCAGGCCAGAUCUCCUCACGUAUCAAUCAAAUGGCACUUCCAGAAAGAGAACAGUGACAGGAGGAGAGAGAUCCGCUCGGACGGUCGCAUCGUUCGCACGGAGCAGGGCCUCCUCCUGCGCUCCCUCCAGCUCUCAGAUGCCGGCAGCUACCAAUGCACGUCCACCGAGAAGAACUUCAAGCACACGCUGGUCAAGCUGCAGCUAGUGGUGCUGUCGGCCCGCACCGUCAACAGCAUCCAGGCGGAAAUACCUGGCCCCGCCCCUCCGGGUCUCCUGCAGGCCAGCGCGUGGACGCCCAGCGCUGAGCAGUACAAAGACCUGCUGACCAUCCUGAGCCAGCCCGAGAUGGGACUCAUCAACCAGUACUGCCAGGACUACUGGCAGCAGGGUGACGACCCAGCCGCCGCCAUCCACAGGAAGAAAGACUCCAAGGAGCUGAAGGAGCUGCGCAAGCCGCGCAACAGGAGACACCACGAGGGCCAGAGGAGCAUGGCUGAGACAUGAGGAGGACGCCUGCUCUGCAAACACACACACACACAUACAUACACCCACACACACACACG